GUUGAAAAGACUCACUCAUAUGAUAAUUCUUAUCAGACAAGGCGACGUUGUCAGUGUGUGAAACGGCCAAUUGAUCGCUCUUCUCUCCAAGGCAGCACCGUGGUGACAGGACUACAACACAUGUGAAGACGAGUUGCAUUCUACAAGACGUCACCUCCUUCGGCCGUGUGCGUGCCUUGGGGUGUGAGAAACGCUGAGCUGAGCCGACACACACGCCCACGAUUCUUUCUCAUCCUUUUCUUCUUCUUCCUUUCUUUCUCCCAUCGUCAUGGAGUCGACACUGAGCAUGGCUUCAUGCUCCUCGCCGUGUAGCCUACGGGCUAGCGACGAGACCGAGGAGGCACAGAGUUCCAGUACCGAGCCCAGGCCGGAGAUCAGAAGGAGACGACACUCCAAUUUCGCUCCCCAGAGGAGGAAAUCUGUAGUGGCAUCUUUUAUGGAGGGGGAAGAGGCAGUCAUGCUGAAGGUUGACCUCUUCCUCUGUGAGCUCGAGCGCCGCCUCGACCUCCUCGAGAGUUACUCCGACCUCCACUUCGACACCACCCUCGCCCGCGCCUACAACACCCUCCAGACGGUCCGAUCACGGUGCUCACAGGUCUCCGAAGAGGUCCUGGGUGAGGGCCGCCGGCGCUUCCAUGUCAUGGUCGAGACCCUCGAGACGCGCUACCACGACGCUCUGGCGGCUGCCGACUCGACCGUUGACAAGGCCCGCGUGUCCAUCGAGCUGCUGGACGGCAUGCUCUCCGACUUUGAGGCCCGCGCCGCCAAGUUCCGCGAGCGCUCUCUGGCGGGCAUGGCCGACGCCGCCGAGAUCGUGCGCGCCGAGGGCAGGCAGGUCAUCUCGUCGGCGCGAGAGGUCAUGGAGGAGGGCAUCCGCGGGGCGAAGCACGCCGCCGAGGGUCUCGAGGAGACGAUCCAACGCGCCGUCCAGCGGGCGCGCGAGCACGGCCUCAUUCGCUACGAGGACCUGCCUGUGCCCUGGCGUAUCAACCCGCACAUCCUCCGGGGGUAUCGCUUCCGGGAGUCGUACACAGGGUGCAUCCGAUCUGCCUUUGCCGUGUCCAACGAGCUGGUCAACAUCUGGUCGCACGCGCUGGGGCUUGUCCUCAUCCUGGCCGUCGCCUUCUACUUUUACCCAACUUCCAUCAACUUCCACCUCUCCACCGGCGCCGACGUCCUCAUCGCCGCCAUGUUCUUCUUCGCCGCCUGCCAGUGCCUGGUCUGCAGCACCAUCUGGCACACCAUGAACGCCAUCACCGACGUCCACCUCAUCUCCACCUUCGCCUGCGUCGACUACACGGGCAUCUCCCUUCUCAUUGCCGCCUCCAUCAUGACCACUGAGUACACCGCCUUCUACUGCGAGCCCGCCAGCCGCUGGACCUACAUGACGGCCACCGCCAUCCUGGGCAUCGCCGGCGUCAUCUUGCCUUGGAACCCCACCUUCAACCGCGCCGACAUGGCCUGGGCCCGUGUGGCCUUCUUCAUCGGGCUUGGUGCCACAGGCUUCCUCCCCAUCCUGCAGCUGAGCUUCACCCGCGGCUCCCAGUUCGUCUGGGACUUCUACUCGCCAAUCGCCAAGUCGCUGUUCGUCUACAUCGCCGGCGCCUUUGUCUACGCCUCCAAGAUCCCCGAGAGGUGGUGCCCAGGCAUGUUCGACUACUUUGGCGGUAGCCACAACCUGUGGCACAUCGCCGUGCUCGGCGGCAUUCUCUUCCACUACACCGCCAUGCAGGAGUUCUUCUCCUUGGCCUUUCUGCGGGCUGAGGGAGGAUGUCCUGCAUACUGA